GAAAUUUAAUACAUUGUAUAAAUUUCACCACUUUUCUGAAACUUUUAAGAUAAAACAACAAAACUCGCCCAUCUUACUCUUUAAGUGGAAUUAAAUUGCGUAUUACGAAAAAGAAAUAUAGAGUUAAAGAUGUUACAAUCGAGAUUAAGAGGAGCAAUAUUUGGUAGGAGGAGUAGAUUAGGGGUGAAUUGGGGAAUAAGUAAAAGAUUUUUAAGCCAAGAACAAGAAAUAGAUCAGAGUGCUGCUACUCAAGGAACAGCCCCUACUCAAGGUUAUGCUCCUUUGCCCACUGGUCUUCCUGCUGAUCCUGCCAUUCAUUCUAGUGAUCCACCUCAGGGAGGAGAUACAGACGAUGCAAUGAACGCCACUGCAGCAGAGGAACAAGUUCGAACAACAGCCGAUGAACCGGACCUAUUUGUUUCAGCAAAGCCACCAACCUCUGCGUCCCCAACAAUAGGACACACAGAGGUGGGACGUCCAUCAGAGCCCAACAUUCAACAAAGGCGUAAAUUAUCAGAACAGCCAAGUCCAUCAACUGAUGCAGAAGCACACAAGGCCCAAAAACAAGCCCAAGAGGACGACAACAAGGAAUACUUCAAACACCACAAGGCAUCUCCCCUAUCAGAGUUGGAGUUUGCGGAUACAAGGAAGCCCAUAACACAGGCCACAGAUAGUCCUACGACCUAUUACGGUGGUGAUCCGGGAGUUCUCGUGUGGAAGCCGGAGCAGCUGGAGACAGCUGAGGAUACGUUGUUGCGAGCUGUUGAGAUGUGGAACUGGAAUAAGAUGAGGGGUGAUCCUGAUUCUCCUCAUGGUAGAGUCCUUAGAGAACUUCGUGGUGAAUAUUGGUGAAAAUGAGUUGAGAUGAUACAAUUUGCCAAAAAUGUCGGCAAAUGAAUUAAAUGUAUCAUUAGUGGAAAUGGAAGUUGACAUGAUACAAUUUACGAAAAAUGUGGGUAAAUGAAAUACGAUGUAAUAUUAGUGGUGUUUCUUAGUAUGUCAUAGUAACUUGAGUCUUCAGCUGUUGAGUACUCUGAGCUCUGCUGGGAUGCAAAACUCCUUUCAAACAUAUUCGUUAUCGAAGUAAUCAGCACCAAAAUGUACAGUUGUUGCAGUUUGUCAUUGUUUUUUUCACAAAAAAAAAAAGAACUCUUGCAAUAGUAUGUUAUCAUUUCCCCUCUGAAA